AUGUUGCAGGUGCUUCAGUGUUGUAUUUCGGCGAAAGGCGUCGAGAUUACAGAAAACUUUCAGAAUACUCAGCUCUCUUCAAAAGACAAGUUGGGUACCAUAGCCCCGCCGAAUAUACCGGAUUCACAAGACGAGAAUAUUAAGAAACAGGAAGAGCGUGGCUUCUUCGACUGGUUCGGCAAUGACGAUGAAACCCCGGCUCCGGCUUCGCCACCCUCAGGCGCGACCCCGGCUGCUGAAGAAACUUCGGGAGAAUUUGCAACUACGACGCCGAUCCCCGGCACGGCUGCACGGCCAUCCACCAGUAGCCUGAUGUCAAAGUACGGCAGUAUGCUAGGAGAGUUCACAAAAGACACCGAGACUGCCUCGGAAGCCGAUGGAAGCACGGCGGGCGCCGGUAGCUCUGCCACUACCCCUAAGACAAAGAAGACGAAGAAGCCCGCUGCCGCAGUGACCUCCACAUCGUCUUCAGCCAGUACCUCUGGCAGCGAUGCAGCUGAAACUACACCGAAGAGGAAAAAGAAGACAAAAAAACCUGUGGUGGCUGCCUCCGCGUCUACGUCCGCGUCAGGGGGCGAAGAGAGCGAAGAUAUCGAAGACAGCGGUUCUGGAAGUGACGCGCCCCCCAAGAAGAAGAAGACUAUCAAGAAGACCAAGAAGCCCGCCGCAGCUGCUGUUUCAUUGUCUGAAUCGGAGGCUGAAUCGGGAAGUGACGACCUGUCGGGCCUACUAGGCAGCUCGACUGCGUCGGGAAGCGACGAUGUGUCCGACCUGCUCGGUAGCUCGGCUGGAUCGGGAAGUGAAGGUGACUUAUCGGGUCUGCUCGGCAGCACCGGUGGUUCCGGAACUGACGCAGCCUUAGCGGCCCUGCUGGGUUCGGGAGUCGACGCCUCUGGUAGCAUGCUCAGCUUUGAAGAUUUCAUGAAAAAUUUCGGCAGCAUGUUCGGAUCGGGAAGUAGUGCUGUUGACCUCUUCGGAGACCCCAGCACUCCGCAGAACAACACUGUUGAAGACGAUGAUAUUAUUCUUGGUGAAUUGUACGGUGGUAAGGAGCACGGUGAUGCGUUCUCGGACAUCAAGAACAUCAAGUUCGGUCAGAUGAUCCUUAACAUCACUGUACGCGGCCAGGAGCGCGUGGACGCUAUUGGUAUUAUGGUGAUGACUCAGGAAGCUGUUGGUAACCUCGUCCAUGGUGGUAAAGGCGGAACGGAGGGUUUUAUUGAGCCGGCGAUGGGCGACACUAUUGACUCCGUUGAAGUGCACUGGGACAAGAACAAGGGCAAGACAUGCAUCUUCUACAUCAAGAUGAAAACUUCUGGCGGUAAGACGAUCGCCACGGGAACGAAAACGGGCAACGCUGCUGUAAUCAAGCCGCCCAAGAACUACCAGCUUGCCGGUUUCUACGGCCGUGCGAGCAGUUCUGGUAUUUUCUGUAUUGGUGGGAUUUUUACAAAACAAUCAGCUACGGAUCUCGCAGUCACGGAUGUGAUGGCAAUCAGCAGCAAAGGCUCUCCAGACAUUUACAACUACGACACCACUAUUCGAAACUGGGUGGGUCCUCUUGAAAUAGCGAGUGACACUUCAUGUUACCAGAAGAAAGUCGAUGUCAGCAGCAAGGGCGUGUGUCCGUCGGGAUUUAACAAGGACGACGACCAGUGCGUCACCCAGUGCCCUCUGAACUACCCCCUUGACUGCUUGAUGGAGUGCAUGCCUCAAAACGCUGAUUGCACCCAGUUGGUUGUCGCUAAAGUUUCCGCAGUCAUUGCUGUCGCUCUAAAUGCGGCUACGAUGGGUAUCUUCGGUACACUGGUGGCCGCCUAUAAGACUGCCAAUUUCGCUCUCACCUGCGCUAUAAACGUCGUGAAUGCCGUCAAGUCGCUUAUUUACUAUCUGCGUUACAAGCAGACCACGAUCCCGACGACCGACACAGAGAAGCUGAUGGACAAGGCCUUCCAGUUGCAGAUCGUCAUUCUUGACCUGCCCCUAGCUAUUUGCGCAUGCCUCAACAUCAAAAUCCCUCACAAGCUCAAGUUCUCGGCCACCAUACUGACUGUAGUGUCGGCAAUUGUCAUGAUGGCUGUCAUGAUCGGUGAGACCAUUUUCGCUUCUUCGAACAACGUCAUGCUCAUGCUUCGUGAGUCGGGCGCUCUCAACACUACUGCGCUUAACGGCGACACUAUCGAGCUUGACACGUUCCUCAACACUAAAAACGGUACGUGUGGCUACGAGUUGAGAACCCUCACGAACCGCGUCAUGGGCAAGGUCUACGAAAUCCGCAACAAUACGCCCAAUGCUGCUCCGAAUGAUGUGCGCGUCGCCGUUAGCAAGUCGCCCAUCAUCACAGAAGACAUCCCGGUCGUCACCAACCACUGUAUGGGGGAGAUCUGGAAGAAUAAGACGAGUGCGGCGGCGUACAAAACGCGAAACCUGUUGCGAAAGACGAUCGGUGUGAUUGUUGACCAGCUGAUUGAGGACGGUACGACCGACAUGGGUAAGUCCGUGACCAAGAAGGAGAAGGCACUCGAGUACUCGAACUUGGGUCUCUUCGUCUUGUCCAUUUUAGAUCCUACGGGUAUUGCCUGGAUGGCUUCCGAAUUUGUUCAGCCCAUUUGUGGUCCCAGUGAGUACCUGGGUGAGAUCGACGACGGUACUCUGUAUGAUGCUCUGGGUCUCAAUACUGUCGACCAAGCAUUCCUGGGAAGCUACGGUGUGUGGAAGAAGAAGGGCGAUGGCUCCGUCACGGUUUACUUCGAGAGUGUUGACAAGUACGAUGUGUCUGUGGUGAUCAAGUCUGGUGGUGACAAGCUCAAGGAGGUCAAGGUGCCUGCUAACGGCAACGUCACGUGGACGUCUACGGUAGAGAAACUGGGGGACAAGACAUUGUACCUCGAUCGCUGGCGCCCUGGUCUCUUCGGUCUGCCUGGUACGGGAGGUGGUUCUCUACUGAUGUGGAUCCCUCGAUCGUCUGAAGGAGGCCAGCUUAUUCUCCAUGCUCGUUUGAAUGUUAGCUAG